CAAUCACAAUAGAAUAUGUUAAAAAUUGUGAAAAAUGUUAGCAAGGUAAGGCCAUGUUGAUGAGAAAGAAACUAAGAGGAAACUCCCAGAUAAGGCACUUGCUUCCCUUCUGGGAGUUUAAGGCAGAGAUUCCUUAACUUUGAUUAAUUGAGCUUUUUUGUCAGCUACCCAUUUUGUCCUUGUUGGUGAUCCUCAUUGUGAUGAAGUCAGCUAGGGUGUUUUGGUCACUAUCUAUUGUGGGUUACUAUUGGAUGAGAGGGUCAGAAACCAUAUGAAAACUUCACGAAACAUUGAAACUGCAGAAUCCUUGUGAAAUUCUCACAUAUAUGUGGGUGGGUGGAAGCUGUCCAUUUGAGGAGUCAUGAAUUUUAAAAAAUUGAAAGAACUAGUUGGGGUCUACACAAGUGUAUGAACAAGGGGCCUGGGUGGUGUGCAAAUGCUCAUUAUAUCCUAGCUAGCAGCCCUUGGUCAAGGAGUCAAGUCCUAGCUUUACAUGGAACAUGGUCUGCAGAUACCAAGAUCAUGCAGGAAGUCAUCUUCAUCCCACCUCUAUUUUCAUUAUGAAAAAUGCUAGAGAUACAAAUUAUUUACAAAUGGUUGAUGUGGUGAGUGGUUAUUGGUAAGUGUUAAAGUGAUGUUAGUAAUGGGUCCAGAUGAAAACCAGUAACAAUUGGUCCAGAUGUAAAAAUGUUGUAAAAUAGUAGCAUUACUUUUUCAUUGUAUAUGUCUCCUGUCUUCAAAAGUGUGUAUGCCCAUAUGGCUUUUAUUUAGCUUUACCUGAGGCACUGCUAGCUCUCUCAUGAAGAGAAUGUGAUUAGUAGGUUGAAAAGUCCAAGUCCUCCAUGAUAAUAAUUAAGUUAUUUAGUGGACAAAGACCUCAUGAUCCAUUAGCGAAUGAAAGUCAAGACCACUCUCAUCUUCUUCAUCUACCAAAGGUGUCAUUGAGAUCAGAAAUGUAAGGCUGGGAGAUGGAAAAUAAUCAUAUUAUGAUGAACCAGAAAUUGCUUGAGAAAAGUCAUGAUUUGCAAAAACAGAAGCUGGAGGUCUUUGAUAUCCUUAGAGAAGCUCUAAUAGUCUCUUUCAAGAAUUUCAACUUCAUCAUCUUUAUCUUUCUGGCAUCACUCCCUUUUUUUGGUUUCAUGGUUUACUAUGAAACUUUCCUUCAAAGGACUUUUGUUGAAGCCUCACAUAUCCUAAAGCAUCCACCUAGUUACUCCACCUAUAAUUGGCCGUUACCUGAAUUUUUGGUAAAAACAGUGACCAAAGAUUUUUUUCAUGAAUUGGUUCAACUUAGCUUCCUUUAUCUGGUGCCCCUUCAUCUCUUUGAGCUUUGCACCGUGAUUGUGACUGUUGAUUUGGCAUCAAGGAUAUAUGCAGAAGAGACACCAAUGACUCUCAAGGAGAUGAUACAUAAGCCCAUUUAUGGAGCAAGACUGAGAGGCACUUUUGUCACAUCAUUUUACGUUCUCUUCUUAUCAACUUGCACUCUACUCGGAUUGAUAUGGUUAGCCACAAACUACUAUGUUAUAUUUGCAAAUUCUGUUGUUGAUGUGUUAUUUGCUGUGUCUUAUGGGGUAGCUUUUGUAGUACUACUAACAAAAUUCUUGGAAUGGAGUGCUAUGUGGAAUAUGAGUAUUGUCAUUUCAACGUUGGAGGGGUUAUAUGGGGUUGAAGCAUUUGUGCUUUCUGCUUAUUUUAGCAAAGGUAUUGGGCGGCGUGGGCUGCUUUUGAUGCUUGUUUUCUUUGUUUGGGGACUGAGCUUAAGGUUGCCAUGCCUCUAUUUUGGAUGCUAUGAAGGAGGGAGAGGAAUUGUUGCACAAAUUUGCUUGUUCUGCUUGGGGAAUGCGCUCAAAUGGGUGGUCUGCACGGUCUAUUUCUAUGAUUGCAAGAAGCGGAUUUUAGAGAAGAAAGUUGAUGAGGAAGUAGGAAGAGAUAUUGAUGCCAUUGAUGCAUAAUUGGGAAUUGGUUGUUACAAUCAAUAUUUGAAGCACAACUAGAAUCUAGAAACUUUAAUAGUUUUAGGGAGUCAAUUUCCAAGUAUUGAAAGUACGAAUGGGUCAUAAUAGGCUUUUAUGUUCUUAAUUUAUGUAUUUCUAAUACCAUUCUCGUUCUUUGGCAGAGCUUUAUGUAGAUCCAGUUAAUAACAAUUGAAAAAACCAGUCUUUGCUGGUUUUUUUCUUGCCUUUCUGGUAUAGACUCUUUAGCAUUAUGUAAAAGCAUCUCUUUAUUGGGGAAUUGAAUAAAGUGGCGUUUGUUUUGAGUGUA